AAAAAUUUUUUUAAAUCCUUAUAGGUCAUAAAAAGUGUUAUGCUAACUAAUAUAGUUAAUGUUAACAAAUGAAAGUGCAUUGUAAAGUGUUACCAUAGUUUUAAAUAUUGAUCUCUGAGUGUGUGUGUGUUUCACACUCUUGAUGUUAAAGUGUAACAAUUUCAUUGCUGUAUCCCUUAAAACCAGACUGCCAGAUGGUUACUGUAAAUGCAUGUGCCUGCUGUGCACCAUUUUCCUGAUGCCACUGGGGUGGCGAUUGCGCUGAUGGCUUGGGCCCGUCAUUGCUGCUUGCAGCUAUAUUUUAGCUUGUUUUCUUUGCAUCACAUUUGUUUUAGGCAUUUGCUACACAAAUACUUGAGGAGUCUGACCAUCUGGUUGAUCAGUGCUUUCCUGUUUGUUUUAUUGCCUCACGUUUAUAAAAAGUAGCCUUUUAUCACUGAGCACACACAAAGACUGCAUUGUGAAGAUCAUCUGUAUAGAAAUGAAGGCUACAGUCACUGUGUUUCUUUUUUUGAGUCUCUUUGGACAGAGCUUCAGUCUCUAUAGGAAACACAUCCUUGUGACAGAAAAAAUGACCUGGAACAAUGCACAGAAAUACUGCAGAGAAUACCAUGAUGACCUGUCCACCAUCAAUAAAGAAGAGGCACACCUGCUCUCCAUAAAUCCAGAAGUCAAUGAUGAAUAUUUUUGGACUGGCCUGCACAUGAUUUCUAACAGCUUAGAAAAAUGGAGUUGGUCUGGAGGUGAGGAUCAACAAAUAGACUAUUGGGACAUUUUGGAACCAAACUAUGUCAUUGAAGAGUGUUGCAUUGUAAAAAGAUCUAAUGCUAAACUGCACAAUGCUCUAUGCUCUUGGCCUCUGCCAUUCUACUGUAUGGAGGUCUUUGAGACAAUUCUGGUGCAUCAGAAUAAGACGUGGGAAGAAGCCCUGAACUACUGCAGACAGAACUACAUUGACCUGGUGAGUCUAAGAUCUCAGAUGAAAAUGGAAGAGGUGAUAUAUAACACUAUAACAUCCCAGACAGCUUAUGUGUGGACUGGUCUGCGUUUUAUGGUUGGUCAUUGGUUCUGGGUCAGUGGUAAUUUUCUUCAAUAUAAAGCCUGGUCUGCAGAGGGGGAACCCCAGUGCCCUGCUAGAAACCUGCGCUGUGGAGCUCUGGAUAGGAAGAGGAAUAUUUGGCAACCCAAAGAUUGUGAGGAGAAACUCAACUUUGUCUGCCUUAAGAAGCCAUAAAUGUUCUUCAUACCACAAAUGUUUCUCCACUUAAAAUGAUGGUUGUGGUCAGCUUUUACCAAACUGUACAGUACGCUUUUGCCAUAUUUGCUUGUACUAUGUGUGUCAUGAUGAUUUUUUUUUUUUUUUUUUUUUUUUUUUUUUUUAUCUCAUACCCAGCAGCAUAUAUUCUGUUGUAGGCUACCCACCACAUUUGCUCCCUUUUUAUUAUUUCAUAAAAAUUUUACUGGGGAAAAAAAUUGCAUCACCAUACCUUA